AUGUCCUAUUCGGCAUUGUCAGGAAAGCCACUCGACGAUAACGCUUGGACUCUACAGCAACGGCAGCAGCAGCAGCAGCACUACUCGACUCUUGGCAGCACCAUACCACGCUCUACAUCACUCAAUGCAUCGUCUGGUGCAAUAUCAUCUUCAUUGACAAAAAGGGAACUGAUGCCGAGCAUGAACAACCGAGAUGGGAUGGCAACAGCAAUUGAUCAUUCAUCCACCACAUUGGCCGAUAAAGCAACAUUUCCUCCUACUCGCAAAGCAUCCUUGGGGAGAAGUAGAAGCUUAAAGAAUGCAUUUGAAAAGCUGAGCAGAUCACGAUCCUCCUCAUCCAAACGACAAGCGAGUCAACAAGGUGGUGAACAACAAAAUGAUUAUGGAGGAGUGGGACAACAUCAUGCAGGGGCAACCAUGACCACCAAUACGAUGACCACUUUGCACGCGACACACGGUUAUAGCAACACUUAUCAACAUGCAUCAGAUGCUGAGCCUAUUAUUACUUCAAGUAGUAUGGAACCAUCCCCAUCAGCUGAUUCGACUCUCUCCAAAGUAAGCACUUUUGACCCACCAACAGCUAUACUCAGCACUUCUCCUCCUCUUACUACUACAACAACAACAACUUCAUGGUUGGAUACCUAUGAUCAACCUAUGCUUCACUCACUUCAACCAAUGCCUCCUAUAAGACGCCGCCAAUCAUCAGCUGAUCAUAUUGAUUCUACUAUUCAACAACAACAACAACAACAUAAUCAUCCUCAUGCAAUUCCUCAACAACAGCAACAACAACAACAACGACUACGGCCCAAAGCUAAAUCCAUGGGUAAUCGUACUCGUCAAUCAUCUGAAAAGAAUAUCACCACCACCAUGGAGAGAAAGUCAUUUCAACAGCAGCAGCAGCAGCAGCAGCAGCAGCAGGGCAGCACAACGCCACGCACGCCACGAUCAAGAUCACGUGUAUUGAGAUCACCGCCACCGCCACCACCCACAGACACUGAUCACAAUGCAUUGCCGAGUAUGCCCAAUGUGGAUGUACAGCAAAUUAGAAAUGAGAUUGAGCCAGUGAAUCAAAGCAUUACACCACCCGAUCGAUCAUCAUCUCUCAACAAAACAGCAGACCAGCACUUGACGAACAAUAUCAUCAGCAAUGUCAAACGCAAGCUUAGUAUCGGCAAAGAACGUAAACAAGAUCAUCAUCAUCAUCAACAACAUCAACACGCUGAGCCUGGACGCAAAAGUCUUCCCGCCAACUUUGUAUCCAAUGAUCAACAACAACAACCUCGUAAACGCACCUUGUCGAAUGGAUCACGCUUGAAAACGGGUACAGCAACAGAGAAUGAGCGACAAAGGAAAACAUCAUCUUCUUCAGGCACAAUGGGUUAUAUGCGUCCAACAAUAGCUCAUGGACAACGUUCUCGAUCCAAUGAUGUGCUACCACCACCACCACCACCACCUGCUUCAGAAGCUGUGACAACAAAUGAACUCGUACCACCAGUACCACCUGUACCAAAGCAUCAUUCAAGUACACUUUCAGUCGACAAGAACAAAUUGACACGGCCAUCGCUUGGUAGUCGCACAAGUAGUACUGGAAGUAGUAGAAGCUCAUCCCAUGGAUUAUCAGGUGAUGAAAGCGCUGCUGCUGCUGCUGCUGCAAAGAGGACUUUGAGACGACAACCAAGUCAUGGUUCAUCCUUUGGUGAUGCUGAGGAUAGCGACAAUGGCGGCAGUGUACGAUCAGCUCGUAGUAGUGCACGUAGCGAUGAUGACGAUAAUGCGAGGAAACCUCAACGUACCAGCAAACGAUCCACUCUUCAAGUGCCAGGAUCAAGGCGUGGUAGUGCUGAAGGAAGCAGUAAUCUCACUCGCAAAUCAAGCUUGAAUCGUGAACAACAAUCCAAUAGCGGCAAACCUACCAAUACUACUAUUACUACUCGACGACGUGGCAAGACGUUACCAGGUAGCUUGGCAACACCACCUCCGUUACCAUCAGCACCAUUGCCACCCAUGAAAGUUGAACCCAUCAGUAUGACUAUACCCCAAAACACCACUAUACGCAAACGGCCAUCAAAGUCACCUCUCAACUCUACUGCUAUUACACCCACACGUCUCCCUAUGCCACGUUCAAAGUAUUCGUAUUCAGCAGCAUCUACAGCAGCACCUCUUGCGAGUGGACAUUUGAGUAGUGAGGAAGAGAUUAUCCCUGGAGAUGGAACACAAAAGACACGUCGUCUCAAACCUGGUAGCCGUCGAUCAUUGCGCAAGUCUUCUGGAUCAACUUCUAUAUCACCAUGGGAACAACAACCAGCAUCAGCCAAUACGUCUCCAAGGAUACGUGCCAAGCAUACGAGCAGUAGUAUUAGCAAUAAUACCACAAGUGGUGAUGUUGCUGUAUCUCCCAAAGUACGACCUCAAACAACACACAGUGGCGGAUUAGCACCUCCACCACCUAUGCCCAAGGCUCGUGACACAUCUGUUGGAGGCCUUGCACGUUCAUCUUCUUUGCAUGCCGUUACCACCACUACUACGGCCACUACCACUGCACGUCGUAAGAAUUCAAGAACGUCCACUGAAAUGGAUGGAUCAUCGGAUAAAGAAUCAGGUCAACGGCCACGCACAUUAAGCUUGCAUGAAAAGCUGCAGACCAUGGUUGCACAACAUCCGAUCGAUGAGGAUUACUAUUGUGGAUACACAAAUACGCCAAAGACAUCAAGUCAGCAACCACCACCACCAGAGACAUUGGAUUCUUCAGCACCACAACCACCACCAGGAGGACGAUCCGCUAAAAGCCCACACACCAUUCUCAAAUAUCAUAUCCAGCACUUGUCACAUUACGAGCAAUCCGAGAUUCGCAAGUACAAUCACAUUUACUUUGUUGGCCCUCAUGCACGCAAGAUCAAGGCCAAUCCCGAUACCCCUGCACUCAAUUACGGUUAUGAUGAUGAUCGUGGCGACUAUCAUUUGAUUAUGCAAGAUCAUUUGGCAUAUCGAUACGAGGUGUUGGAGACAUUGGGUCAAGGAUCAUUUGGUCAAGUCGUGAAAUGCCUCGAUCACAAGUCUGGUCAAACCGUUGCUGUUAAAUUGAUUCGCAACAAGAGACGAUUUCACGCACAAGCCAUGACUGAAAUUAGAAUCUUGCGCAAGCUGGUGGAAUGGGAUCCAGAAGAUCGAUACCAUAAUAUCCGUAUGACCAACUAUUUUUAUUUCCGCAAUCAUUUGUGUGUGGCCUUUGAGUGUCUCAACAUGAAUUUGUACGAGUUUAUCAAGAGCAACAACUUUCAUGGAUUCAGCUCAUCGCUGAUUCGGAGAUUCACGAUCCAGAUCCUCCAAUCUCUUUGUCUCCUUUAUGAACAUCGCAUCAUUCAUUGUGAUCUCAAGCCUGAGAACAUUUUGCUCAAGCACCCAACCAAAAGUACCAUCAAGGUGAUUGACUUUGGCAGUAGUUGUCUCGAGACCGAAAGGGUGUAUACCUAUAUCCAAAGCCGGUUCUACCGUGCCCCUGAAGUCAUUUUAGGGAUUGCCUAUGGGACACCUAUUGACAUGUGGAGCUUGGGAUGUAUCAUUGCCGAAUUGUAUACGGGUAUACCCAUCUUUCCUGGAGAAAGCGAACAAGAUCAGCUAGCAUGUAUUAUGGAGAUUAUUGGUGUGCCACCUCGAUACUUGAUUGAACAAAGCAGUCGACGAAAAGUAUUCUUUGAUUCCCAAGGACAGCCACGGCCGUUUAUGAACUCACGAGGCAAGAUUAGAAGACCAGGCACCAAAUCGAUACCACAAGCAUUGCGAUGCCAUGAUAUCCUAUUUAUCGACUUUAUCGAAAAAUGUCUUCGAUGGGAUCCUCGACAGCGGAUGCGACCCCAUGAAGCACUACGUCACGAAUGGAUUGCUCAAGUAGCCAGCGGCAGCAGUAAUAGCAGUAGCACCAAGAACAAGCAUACACGAUCCGCUUCUACCAGUAAUAGCACUACUACUACUACAGCAUCAUCCACACUCCACCACCACCCACGUACAAAGCAUCACUCUGCCACCACUCACAAAAUGAACACGACGACGAUUGGAUACCAAGAUGGUGUUGUCGGCGGGUCAAGUCAACCACGGUCUGAUAUAAUCGAUCCUUCUCACCGACUCGCAAAAAAAGCAUCUGCAGGUGCUCUCGUAGAUGAUUAUUACUAUACUACAGCUGGAUAUUGA